AUGGCCUCCACCUAGCCAUUUAAAAGUAUGAAGAGUCCUGUGUUUAUUUCCAAAUGUGGAGUUUGUGCGAAGGGUUUAAAAUCGCUUUAAACGCCACUCGUCUUCUCGACUGUCGACUUCUUUUAAAGUUAGGAAUAAUAAUACAAACAAAAAGUAGAAAAUAUGGGAUCCAGUGAAAGCAAGAUGACUGUGUGCGCUGCACCCAAACCUGAAGCAUCCAUCAAGAACGCCCAGGUCGCCCAUCUGGUGGAUCCACGUUCUCCAUCGUUGGCCAUUGAUCGCACUCCUAUUCAGGUUGGUGGGCUCAUGGUGACAAAUGAAGAGUGUCCUUUAGGGACGAGUGACCCUCGCUCUCCCACUGUGGGCAUUACUCGCACGCCCGUGAGAGAGGUCAUGAGAGCCAAGGUGGGCUCCUUCACUCGUCGCCUGGGCAUGCUCUUCCACAUGGAGGCUGAAGGCAAAGUGCCCCAACAUGGAUCCAGCAACACUGUCCAGGAGGAGAAGGAAGUCAACAAGAGCCAGGAGAUGGAUUCCACCAAGCCCCUCCUCAGUCCGCCAAGACCACGCACCUUUGGCUCCUUGGCAGCGCACGCUAACCUCCUGGCCACGCCAAUCCACAGUAUGAGCGCCUCCAGCCCCUUUGUGCUGCUGGAGGAGCCCCAAGUGGAGGUGGAGAUCGAAGCCGACGUCAGCCUGGAGGAGGCGGAGGAAGCCCGGGAGUCUCCGCUGCACAAGAGGCUCAGCAUGAGUCUCAUCACCUACCACGAGGGCGCCACUGCCGCCCAGGUCUUUGCCGAGGUGCACCGCGAGAGCCCCGCCUCGUCGCAUCACGUGGCUGAGUCUGUCACUCAGGGGGUGGACCACCUCUACGCCCUCCCUACUGUCACACUCGACAACUCCCCAGACUGCGUAACUUCUGGAGAACCUUCUGAGGAAUCUUCAGUGGCGCUGAGCCUCGAGCCCCCGCAGCAGCCUCCUGUGGGUGUCCACCGGCUCACCUUUGACCCCAAGAGCCCAAGUCAGUUGGUGUUCAAACCUCAGUGGCUGGGCAAAGGGUUCGGGGCCACGGGGUUGAGAGCCAGAGCGGUGCAAGGCAGGAAAGGAGGGUCCUCUCCUCUCGCUGUGUCUGUCUCCGUGAAGAACAUCAACAAAGAAAACAAGGGACACUCGGGAAAACAAAAGCAGAAAGGUACAGAAGGUCGCUCCCCACUGCAGAUCCUUAAUGAGACCAACUCUCCACGAGGGCGUCCACAGGUAAAGCACACUUUGUCUCCCAUUCAAAAACAAUGUUAUUGUACACUUCAGAAACAAAUCCAAACUAACUCAAUUGUGUUCCCACAGAACAUAUUGCCCUCUUAACACCACAAAGGUGACAUCAUUUGUCCGUAAUAUCAUCAUAAAAGUAGUCCUCAUGUAACCUAAAACCUUGCUGUCUGACUAGCUACCGGUAUCUACCACUAGAAUUAUAUUUCUAGUUAUGACGAAUCACAUUUUAUUUAAUUAAUUUCUAGGUACUCUGAAGUAGCUACAGCAAUCUAGCUAUGGCUAUUCAGUUAUAUACUGUAUCUCUGGCUUUAACCAUGUAAAACAAGCUGUGCUACUAGCUUUACAUUAUUCCUAGCUAUUAGGGGUGUCACGAGACGAGAGAUGCACGAGGUUGGGUCCACGAGGAUGAGACGAGAUUUUAACAUUAAUUUUAAGAACAAUGAAAAAGUAUGACUGGCCAUCCACACUUUAUUUUAGUCAUAAAACAAUUCCAGCUGCGUUUUGAAAUGUUUAUUGUCCCACAAAUUAACGCUAAACAAUAUUAUUGUCAACCUUUUCAAGACCAAAUAAACCACUGGUAGGAUGUAAAAUAAUAUGUUGUCUUUCACUCUGUAAAGUUGUGGAAUUGCUGUUUGUGACAUAUUUUUUUUCACAGGCAAGUCUAGCGUUUGCAGUUCUUGGAAUGCCAACUUAACUGUAUUAAUGAUCAGCAUUUCUUUUUGUGUAUGCUAGCAGCCCCGUCUCCCCCCACAGAGACUGUAUGACUGACGAGGUAUCUCUAGAUAGAAUUCUAAGUAUAUCUCAGGGUUUAAGUAUCAAUAACUAGCUAUACUAUCUUGAGCUAUGGCUACUUUCUAUUAGUGCAUUGCUAGCUUGUGCUACCUCAUGUAGCUAUUGGUCGCCAGUUAUAUUAUCGCUAAUUUUAACCAGCUAACCAUUUUGCAGGACUACUUAUCUAUAUAUCUGGCUUUAACCAUCUAUUACUAACUAGUACUACACUAGCUGUCGCCUAGAUUUUGCUCCCUAGCUGUCUAUAUUGCUUUUAUCUCUAGUCAUGUGGGAAAAAAAAUAAGGAUACCACAUGGUGAAACUCUACUACCCCUGAACCGCUGCACACACAAGGGUGAAAAUGUGUCCAAAAAUGCUCCCCAUAUUGUGUUGCCUGUGCUAUUUUAUUUUUCUGACAAAACCAUCAAAUGGUGGCUUUGUUGUUGAACUUACUUGACAUUUAUCACACAGCUCAACACCCACUACAAAACCCCGGCUUUAACUUAAAGGUGUUCAGCCGAAUGAACACAAAAUUUGGUAAGCAGCUUUUUAGGGAACUGACAAGCACACGUGUACAAUUUGAUCAGGAUUGGUAGGAAAAACAUGGCCGCCAUCAAUCAAUACAUUCUUGCGGGAGUUAGUAACUAAUUGUCCGUAAGUCAUUGACCAUUUAUCUGGUGAUAAACUUUAUUCUACUAUGCCUUCCGAAGCCAUAAAUGUACAUUUUUCCAUACGACUGUAUAUCCAUAGAAGUAAUCUAUAUAUACAGUAUAUUUAAAUCUAGUCAUAGCCAUCUACAGUAUUUCAGUGUCACUUUGGUUCACAACAAAGUGUUUAUCCACCUUUCUAGCAUCAAUAAUUUGAAGUCAAAAAGUAAUAUUUUAAUAUUAUUUCAGAUGAAGCAGAAGGUUUCUUCCACUCCAGAGAAGCCGCGACCUGCACAGAUGGACCGCAGAGUUCUGGCCUUGUCUCUGGACAAAGAGAAUCGAUGAUACAAACAUCAUUUGUACAGCUUCCUAAGAUCCCUCCAUUUAUUUGUUUUAAUCUCUAUUUUUUUUUUUUUUUAUGUGUACAGUUUCUCAGGAACUGACUUUUUUUUCCCGUUUGCUUUUACUGUCAAAAUGUGGCACAACUUUCUUUACCCUGUUUCGUCCUUCUGUAAAUAUGAAUAAAAGUGUUUUGUUAACCGAAAGAAAAUCCCACGAGUAGAAUCCCA